AAACGCGUAAGAUUGCUUGGUUUAACAACCCAUGUAAGCUCCGAAGCGAAACACCAAGCAUAUCCUUUUCCUCUUCCUCUGCCUCUUCCAUUUUUAUUUGUUUCCUCUCUCUUUCACCGCACAUCCAAGCCAAGCCAAGCAAAGCAAAGCACAGUACAGCACAACACAGUUUGUGGUGACCGGUGAGUGUCGAAAAGGAAAAAAAAAAGAAAAAGAAGGAAAAAGAAAAGUUCAAAGGAAUGAUACUCGAGACCAUCAAGGAGGCAAAAGCAAAGCACCUAACUAAUAAAGCAACAGCGUGUAACCAAAACUAGUUUGUUUGCUGGGUGCCUAUUUCAGCAAAUCAUAGCCAUCCAUUCUGACAAAAAAAAAAAAGCCAUUUACUUUUUUUUCUCCAACUCGUCUGUUUUCUUCACUGUCGUCAUCUAUGGGAAUCUGCCAAUCUCUCUGCCGUUGCUUCAGCAAAUCUCAUGAAAUCCCAGUGUCGUCCUCUUCUGAUUCUCCUCCUCGUCCGUACCAACCAUUGACAGUAUCAACCUCGGGAGGCCAAAACCCUUCUUUCCCUAAAGCUCCUUCAUCUUCCCAGGCUGGAACCAUUUUGCUCAAACCUUACGUUGACAUCACCUCUCUUUAUGAUCUUCGCAAAGAGUUGGGGAGAGGUCAAUUUGGCAUCACUUAUCUUUGUAUUGAAAAGGCUACGAAACGAGAAUACGCCUGCAAGUCCAUUUCCAGGCGUAAACUAACCACUGACAAGGACGUUGAUGAUGUUAGGAGAGAGAUUUCGAUACUGCAGCAUCUAACCGGGCAGCCAAAUAUUGUGGAGUUCAAAGGUGCUUAUGAAGAUGCCUGGAAUCUGCAUUUGGUGAUGGAGUUGUGCUCAGGUGGCGAGCUUUUUGAUAGGAUCACAGCCAAAAGGAGUUAUUCAGAACGUCAAGCGUCUUCCAUUUGUAGGCAGAUUAUGAAUGUGGUGCAUGCCUGUCAUUUUAUGGGGGUUAUGCAUAGGGACUUGAAACCUGAGAACUUCUUGAUGGUUAGCAAGGAUGAGGAUUCUCAAAUAAAGGCCACUGAUUUUGGACUCUCUGUCUUCAUUGAGGAAGGUAGAAUGUAUAAGGACCUUGUUGGAAGUCCAUAUUAUGUUGCACCAGAGGUUUUACAGCGGAAAUAUGGCAAAGAAAUAGAUGUGUGGAGCGCUGGAGUCAUCUUAUACAUUCUUCUUAGUGGAGUGCCUCCAUUUUGGGGUGAGACCGAGAAAGAAAUCUUUAAAGCAGUUUCAGAAGGUAACCUUGACUUAAAAAGUCAGCCAUGGCCAACUAUAUCUGAAGGUGCAAAGGACCUCAUCAGAAAGAUGCUAGCUAGGGAUCCUAAGAAACGGAUUACAGCUGCUCAAGCCCUAGAACAUCCAUGGAUGAAGGAGGGUGGUGAGGCAUCAGAUAAACCUAUUGAUAGUGCUGUUCUUAGCAGGUUGAAGCAGUUCAGAGUAAUGAACAAGCUUAAAAAACUUGCCUUGAAGGUGAUAGCAGAAAACCUAUCAUCAGAAGAAGAGAAGAAGGGCUUACAGCAGAUGUUCAACAACAUCGACACGGAUGGAAGUGGUACAAUAACACUUGAAGAACUCAGGGAUGGAUUAGCUCGAUUAGGAUCUAAGCUAACUGAACCAGAAAUAAAGCAGCUUAUGGAUGCUGCUGAUGUUGACAAGAGUGGAACCAUUGAUUACAUUGAAUUUGUCACAGCUACAAUGAAUCGACAUAGGCUCGACAGGGAAGAUAACAUACGCAAGGCUUUCAACUUCUUCGACAAGGAUAGCAAUGGGUUUAUCACGAGAGAUGAAUUAAGACAAGCUAUGACUCAGUAUGGGAUGGGGGAUGAGGCUACAAUAGAUGAAGUCAUUGAGGAUGUUGAUACUGAUAAGGAUGGGAGAAUCAAUUAUGAGGAAUUUGUAGCCAUGAUGAAAAGGGGAACUCAAGAUGGGGAUGGGAUGUAAAAGACAGAUGAGAAAGUAACAUUGCUGCUGCCACUGCAUGUUCCAUGAAAAGCUAAAAAGGGGCUUCACCAAAUUUAGAUCAUCUUGUUGGCUACUUCUGGGCUCUUUCUCUUUCCAUCUUCAAACACCAAUUACGACAUGAUGAUCAUCAUUCCGAAUCCAUGUAGUUUUUAGCUUUUGUUUUGUAUGUAAAUAGAAAUGGCAUCUCAAAUUUCUCAACAGAAGUGGGGGGAAAGGUAAAUAAAAGAAAAAGAGUGUGUUUCUCUCCCCCCCAAAUCAUUUACUCUGUAAUAAUAUUAUUUUUCAUAUGGAGAACCGUGGGUUUCUGAGUUCA